AUGCAUCCCUCGAGCUUUGCUCACUGGUCCCUCUCUGCAGCCCGCGACCUUACCCUGGAAGCCGCCCGCGAUGCCAGCAAUGUGCGCAGGGCGCCUACCAAGGAAUUGCCCUCGGGCCAGCUCAAGAAGCUCCUUGAUAGCAGAUCAGAGCGCGAUGUGCUGGAGGGCCUACGGCGGGUUAUCACUACCAUGUAG